AUGGGCCGGGACGACGUUCUCUUCGACAUAUUCAACACGCUCCACAGGCUGGAGACGCUCCUCGAGGGUCAGGAAUCUCGCCUCAAGAGCGUUGAGCUCUCUGUUCGCCCCAGCAACAGCUCCGCAGCUAGCGAAUGCUCAUGUUCAUUCGAUUCUGAUAUGGCAGCUAGCUGUGCUGAAGACAAGCAUGGGCCAAGACUGCCUCCAAAUUCACCUCUCCCUCCGCCACCGUCAUCCAAGUCCGACUUCCCAACACCUGAGAUGUACCAGAUGUCCGUCAUGAACCUAAGAAACCGCUUUGAGUUCAUUGAUGACAGCCAACCCGAUGUUCGAGAAAUCCAUCAGAACUUGCCUCAGGCGCUACUGGAGCCAGAAGAGCACGCCGGUAACCCCUCGACCUCAUGGAAGGAGAAUAUUGAUGGCGAUGCUGCCUCAUAUGUCGGCGGCCACGACGAUGCAUACACUCAGUCCGUCUACUCCUCACGCCCGCUUUCCAGUCACACGGCGCACCCUUUCCUCGAGAUCGUGCUCAAGACGAAAACGAACCAUCCCCUGCUGCUGAAUCUCCCACAAAAAGCAGGCGAUCCAGUCGCUCUGCGCAUCGAAAUCGUUCCGCUCCGAAGAGAAACGCGCUAUCCGCUCCGAAGUUAG